AUGGCCUCCAACAACAGAGAUCCCGUCGUUGGAUCUGUCGACAACGAUAACUCUCCGAUUGUGCAGCGUGCAAUUGCCUUCGGCAAAGCCAUCCCAGAUUUGGUGAAGGAGUGUGAACGAGCCGGAGAAGCGAGAGCCAGCUCACGUCUCGCUUCAAAAAUCGAUCAGCAGGAGUCUACCAUCAAAACCCUCGAAGGCUGGUUUAAGCUUUCAGAGGAGAAUAAUGCUGAGCUCAAAGAAUGCCUCACAGCCUCAGAGAAGCAAAUCGCUUGUCUCAGAAGGCUCCUUACAGUCUCGAAGAAACGCACCGCUGAAGUUAAGGCAAAGGCUCAGGUCGAUGCUGAUGCUCGCAUCGCUCAGCACACGUCUGAUCUCGAAGCUCGCAAUGCGCAAAUGGUCGAGACCGUUGCAGAGACCGUGGAAAAGCUAAAGAGAGAUGCGGCAGCUCGAGUCGCCGCCGCUGAGACUCAUUCCCAGGACUGCAUCGACGAAUACCGGGACAACACUGAUUCUCAGUUCCGACAGUUGUCUCGGGAGCUUGAUCGUCACAUUGACAUGCUUGGCCUUGCCCGAAAGCAUACCGGAUGGGUAGCACACAAACUGUUUCUUCUUCAAAGUGAGGUGAAGAAAAACACACGCGUUCACAACAAAACCGCUCUAGCGGAUUGUCUGAAAGAGAUGUUUGAGGAGCUCGCUAAGUACAGAAACGAUUGCGAUGUCUUCCUCGACAACGGCCUCGUAGACGACGGUGAGCCAGACUGGGGGCCUGUACCUGACGACGAGGGUGGCGCUCUCCUCAACAGAUCCUAUGGCAAGUCCUCCAUAGCCACCCCAGCCAACAACAUUGAAGAGCGUACUAACCAGCCUCGGGCCCCAGUCUCCCACAGCAAUGACGACACUCACAAUGAGCAGGCCAGCCGUAAGCAAGGUUCUCUUUUCGUAGAUGAUCAACAGAGUGAUCGAGGCAAUCAGAGCUUCACCAUCAAAAUUGAGGAUGGUGACGACAACCAGCAAAUCCUCUCCGGUUUGUCUCCAUCUACCAAGCGAGCUAGCGACUCUGACGGCCAGGCCAAACGUGGUGGCAAGCGUCAGCGAACAAAGUAG